UGCCACUUGCUAAUUAGAUAUAUCAUAUAUCUGUGUUUUCCCCACUGUUUUUCUUACUCCAAUCAAUUGGUGCUUUGUGUACAAGCUCGAAAGGAACACACAACCACAUCCUGAACUAUUUUCGUACAAUCAUCUUCUGAAUGCAGGACUGCAGUAGUGUUUAGACCAAAACUGUUUGAUGUUUCAUUAGUAAGAACAUGUAGCAUAUGGACUUUUAGUUUUCAUCCUUUGUUUGUGUUAUUGUUCUCAGCUCUCACUACAAGGUAUAGCUUGUGCAUGUUGAAUUGAUUGAUAUACCCAGCAGCCAUUAAGUUAAAAAGAUGUCUGUGAAGGAAAUAGACAUCCAUCUUGUUGGUUAGUGUUAUUGUACUCAGCUCUCACUCCAGGCCUGUUGGUUAGUGUUAUUGUACUCAGCUCUCACUCCAGGCUAGAUCUUGUGCAUGUUGAAUUGAUAGAUAUUCCCAGCAGUCAUUUAUCAGUCUGUUUGCGCUUCCUUUGGAUUAUUUUUGCACAUCCUUCUAUCAAUUGUUUGUGCGAAAGCUUCAAUGCUCUUUAAACAUGCUUGCGCCAACUGCAAGCCAGCUUUUGCACACCAUGAAUUGUAUAUAUGCUGUGAAAGGGUAGUCCUCAAUAGGUAAACUGGAUGCUAUAGACCCAUCCAAAACAUUUUCCCCCUUCCAUUAGGAUAUUAUCCUGGAAAAAACAAGUAGUGCUCGGUCCGAAUUAGAAAAAGCAGAGAUAACGAUCAUUCAAUAUGCUUGUCAGUGCUUCUUGUGCUCUACUUUUGCAGAAAGUUCAUGUCCAGAUACAUUUAGUUUUGUUGAUACAUCUAUUUUUGCUCUCCAUAGCUUGCUGUGUAGACUUGUGUAUGAGGUUUACAUCAGACGUCAAGAUCAAGAGCAUCUCUGUUGUUGGUGGUGCAGAUGGAACAAGCCCUUCUAGAAUGAGAGCGUUUAUCAACCGAGAAGGCAUUGACUUCAAUGAUGCUCAAAAUAUGCAACCUGUGCAGGAAUGGGAGCUGGCAGAGAAUUUGCAGGGAGUUCUUGAGUACCAAACAAGGUAUUCAAGGUUCCAGGGUGUGGCUAACCUAACUCUACAUUUCCCUGAGAACUUUGGAGGUGACACAACUAAGAUAUAUUACAUUGGGUUGCGUGGUGAAGCUACUCAGAACAAAAGGGAUGUUGUGGCCACAAUUGUGUAUGAAAUAAUGCCUAAUCCAUCUGAUCACAAAACUAAGUCUGAGACUGGAGGUGGUUUCUCGCAUGUUGAGUAGGCAUGUCAGAGCAUGGAAAGCAGAUCGGUGUUGGAUGCUGCUAUCAGCUGUGAUGACCUUCAGCUCUACUAAUAAAACAAUCCAGCUCUUGGAGACCAGUAGUAGCUUGACUUCUGAGUGCAGAACUCGUGUACCUGUCGAUACUGACUACAUCGUCAAAAGUUGAUGGCUUGUGCAAUUUUACCGUAGUCUUAACUGUCUGUACUUCAUGUCCAUAUUGCGUUCAGUUCAAUGGUAAUGUGAUACUUGCUAAUUUUGUUCAGUUUGAACGUGAAUUCACUUUGCAAGGCGGUAA